CGACUUUAUUCAAUCAUCAUCCCUCCCUCCUCAUUUUCUCCCCAUCGUCCUACCCUUUAAUGCCUCCUCCACUAAGGCCAGCAAGAGCAAAUGAUAAAGGACGAGGGGAUCACGAGGAGCGCGUUCCAUCUCUCGCUUUACUCCAUAGUCCUUCGACAUGUGAAAUCUUCCGCAGCGAAGUGAUUAUUAAUGAGACCUCCAUCGCUAGGGCAAAGCAGGUGGCAAAGGCGAAGGGAACUUGAAGAAAAGCUUGGUUUCCACUGUCCUAAUUGCUCAUUUUCACCAUCCCUGUGUCGCUUGUAGUCAAUCCGAAGAGAUGCUUGAGUUUUGACGAGAGUUGUUUUGGUUCUAUUGUUGCGACAGUGGGUAUAGCUCUUGUCCAGCAACGCUGAUAUAAGAAUGGCUGAGCUGAAGAGGAAUUCCGUUCUGAUCUUAAGGUUUGAUGGCGAAGAUUUAAAGGAAUUUGUAGGCAGCGCUCUGUUUGAAUCUGAGAUGAUCAACAUAUUCUCGCAGAUAGAGGCGAGCAGCUCUUCUUUGCGUGAGUCUCUUAUGAUGGCUUUGGAACGACUAACGGUUGACCAUGGUGUGCCGCCUUAUUCUGACUCCUGGGUUUUUGACAACAUUGUCGAUCCAGCUCUCCAAGUACUAUCCGUGGAUCAAUUGGAGCAGUCUGCUUCUGAAGAAAACUUCUUGAAAGAAUUCAAAACUUUUAUUUGUGACAUCAUUAAACGUCUUCAGGAGCAGCCAAUCAUUGUUGCUCAUACAGAGAAAACCUUUGAUGGAGGUGGUAUUAGGAGGUUGCUCUCGAACAAUAUGGAAUUAGAUAAGCUGCUAGACCUGGUUUGGAGAGACCUGCCAAAGGAUUCUAAUGUGAUUUCAGCAAGACAGAUUCUUCAACUUGCACUUAGCCGAAUGGCAACACCAGCUGAUUUGCCUUCUUAUGGCACUGUUAAUCAGAUUGACAAAAUUGUGGAUGAGGCAUUCGGACUGGUGGAUCAGAAGAAAAUACUACAGCCGGAGCAGCUCAAGAAAAUGAUGACUGAUAUUCUCGGUAGCCUAAUGCUUCAGCUGGAGGGUAAUCCUAUCUCAAUAUCUUCCGAUUCAGUAGUUCAUGAGCCUCUUACUUCACCAUCUACAGUCUUUUCUCCAUCAUCUUUAUCUCUGCAGUCUGAUAUAGAAUGAUUAGAAAGGAAUUAAAAACAUUUACUUUGUCACAUCAAUGAUAUGAUGAUUACUAUAGCAUGUAUAAGUUAAUUUUAAUAUACAACGCUACUAUUAUUUUA